AAUUUCGGUAGCUAAAUUGGUUUAAUUCUUUAUUGUGUCACAAGCAGAUUGAAUUGUGUGUAUAAAAGCCUCGGCCAAAACCGUUAAAGUCAUCAGUUGCCGAGUAAUUAACCAAAGUGAACAUGUUUUUUCCACAAGUAGUAAUUUUGGCCGCUGCAGUCGCUUUUGCCAGCGCUGGAUCCAUUGCUGCCUACUCAGCUGCUCCACUAGUGCAAGCGCCAGUAGUUGCAGCCUACUCAGCUCCUGCAGUCAGUCGGUCAGUCGUUUCCACCUACACUGAUCACGCUGCCCCUGUAGCUUACUCAGCGCCAGCUGUCGCCUAUCCCGCCCCUGCUUACUCUGCCUACUCAGCACCGGCUGCUGUCUCAGCUUACGGCUACGCGGCACCUGCAGCCUAUGGAUACUCAGCGCCUGCAGCCUACGGAUAUGCUGCACAUGCGCCUGUUGCGUACUCAGCACCUUCAGUUGCAGCCUACUCAGCCCCUUCGGUUGCUGCCUAUUCCGCUCCUGCUCCAGUGGCGUACAAUGCACCAGUAGCUGCCUGGACUGAUUCACUGCAAAACGAGUCGACCGUGAUUUACGCGGACAUCCAGCCUACCAGACUUCGCUUUUUUUUUUGGGCGAAAGUUGAUUCCACGCCCAAGGAGAUCCAUAGAAUUUCGUAUAAAACUCGAUCUAGUGCUCGAAAAUGUAUCAGUUUUGCAAACAAACCGAACAAAUCCACUACAAUGGCCUUUAAAUUCGUUAUCUUUGCCGCCAGUUUGGCUUUCGUGAACGCUGGACAAUUGCUGAGCCAGCCAGCUCUUGCCUAUUCAGCGCCCGCUCUGACCGCCUACUCCUCACCGGCCAUCCUCUCGAAAUCGGUCAGCUCCACCUACCAAAGCCACCCAAGUCCUGUGGCUACUUAUGCGGCUGCUGCUCCUAUUGUGGCUAAGUCCUACGCUGCCCCGGCUCUAGUCUCGGCCUACGCUGCGCCUGCUCCUAUUGUAGCUAAGUCCUACGGCGCCCCUGUUGUAGCUGCCUACUCGGCCCCAACUCUCUCCAAAUCCGUUGUGUCCACCUACACUACACAUGGAUCUCCAGCUGUUGCCUACAACUCCUACGCCGCCCCAGCUGUCUCCUACUCUUCUCCAUUGGUCACCAAGACCAUCGCUCAGCCACUUGUGAGCAGCUACGCCGCCCCAGCUCUUGCCUACUCUUCCCCAGUGGUUGCCAAGACCAUCGCCCAACCUCUUGUGAGCAGCUACGCCGCCCCAGCUCUCUCAUACUCUUCCCCAGUAGUUGCCAAGACCAUCGCCCAACCUCUUGUCAGCAGCUACGCCGCCCCAGCUCUCUCCUACUCUUCUCCUUUGGUCACCAAGACCAUCGCCCAGCCUCUUGUGAGCAGCUACGCCGCCCCAGCUGUCUCCUACUCUUCCCCAUUGGUCACCAAAACCAUUUCUGAGCCUCUUGUGAGCAGCUACGGUACCCCAGCUCUCUCCUACUCAGCUCCAGUGGUGAGCAAAUAUGUAGCUCAGCCCGUAGUGUCCAGCUACGCCGCCCCAGCUUGGUGAAGAACGGAAGCAAAUGAUUAAUUUAUUUGUACAUUUUGUCAGCGAUUUAAAGGCCAUUAUGUAAAUAAAAUCAUCAUCUAAAA